AUGGAGAUAUCCACUAAAAUAAUAGUGACGGAUUACAGCAACAGACCCAGUGGAGAAGUGAAUAAAGUCACGGUCGGGAUAUAUACCAUACCUUACAAGAGGGCACCGAUAUUCGUCAAGUCAACCCUGAACAGCACAGUCAUUCAAAUGCUACGAAAGAAAGUCGGAAAGAAAUUGAAAUCAAGAAAGCCAAUAAAGAUAUUUCUCAAGGGCAUAUCAGUUAACGAGACAUCUGUAAGUAAAAUUUCUGAGCGGGCGAAGUCUUGCGCUCUUGUGGGGAAUUCAGGAAUACUUUUGAACAGCGGUUGUGGCGACCUGAUAGACGAAUCCGAGCUAGUUGUCAGGAUGAAUUUGGCCAAGAUUGGCCAGGAGUAUUCCUCCGACGUGGGUUCAAAGGUAUCCUACAUGACCAUCAACGGUGAACAGUGCAGACUCUUGAAAUCUUGCUUCACAAAGAAAAAGAAAAGGAAGGCAUCUACAACCUCUGAGUUGUUGAAUGGACUUCCAGCAGCAUGCGGCACGGUGAUCGACAGGCUCGGGCUACUUAGGAAUGAUACUGUUCUUUGGCCAGCUAAGGGCAAUGCUGACCGGAUAUUUCGUGUCAUCCCUCUUCUGCGAAAUGUGUUUCAUCUGAACUUCACCCUUGGGAUCAAUCAUCAAUCUUUAAUGGACGCCGCAUACCGGUAA